CCCAGCCCUGCUGUGACCUCCGUCUUCUGCUCUAUUCCUCUCGCUUCUUAGGGCUGAGAUUCAUCGUAGAAGAAACAUGGCGUCACACAUUGUUGGAUACCCUAGAAUGGGGCCAAAGAGAGAGCUUAAGUUCGCUUUGGAGUCAUUUUGGGAUGGUAAAAGUACUGCAGAGGAUUUGCAGAAGGUUUCUGCCGAUCUGAGAUCUUCCAUCUGGAAACAGAUGUCUGAUGCUGGGAUCAAGUACAUUCCAAGCAAUACCUUCUCUUACUAUGAUCAAGUUCUUGACACAACUGCAUUACUCGGGGCAGUUCCUGAGAGAUAUAAUUGGAAUGGUGGUGAGAUCGGUUUUGAUACCUACUUCUCCAUGGCUAGAGGAAAUGCCUCUGUGCCUGCUAUGGAGAUGACAAAAUGGUUUGACACCAACUACCACUUUAUUGUACCUGAAUUGGGUCCCAACACCAAGUUCUCAUAUGCAUCUCACAAGGCAGUCUCUGAGUACAAGGAGGCAAAGGCUCUUGGGAUUGAUACAGUUCCUGUGCUUGUUGGACCCGUGACUUACUUGUUGCUCUCUAAGCCUGCCAAAGGUGUUGAAAAGACCUUUCCUCUUCUCUCUCUUCUUGAGCACAUUCUACCGAUCUACAAGGAAGUUGUUGCUGAGUUGAAGGCAGCUGGUGCUUCAUGGAUUCAGUUUGAUGAGCCCACCCUUGUCAAGGAUCUUGAUUCUCAUCAGUUGGAGGCCUUUACCAAGGCUUAUGCAGAACUUGAAUCUUCUUUUUCUGGAUUGAAUGUGGUCAUUGAGACCUACUUUGCAGAUGUCCCCGUUGAGGCAUACAAGACCAUCACUUCCUUGAAUUCCAUCAGUGGUUUUGGAUUUGAUCUUGUGCGUGGAACCAAGAACCUUGAUGUGAUCAAAAGUGAGGGUUUUCCAUCUGGAAAGUAUCUGUUUGCAGGUAUUGUGGAUGGAAGGAACAUUUGGGCCAAUGAUCUGGCUGCCUCCCUCAGCACACUUCAGGCCCUCGAGGAUAUUGUUGGCAAAGACAAACUUGUUGUCUCAACAUCAUCCUCCCUCUUGCACACUGCUGUUGAUCUUGUAAAUGAAACAAAGUUGGAUGAUGAAAUAAAGUCCUGGUUGGCCUUUGCUGCCCAGAAGGUGUUGGAAGUCAAUGCACUCGCCAAAGCUUUGGCUGGUCAUAAGGACGAGGCCUUCUUUUCGGCAAACGCUGCUGCUCUAGCUUCCAGGAAGUCAUCUCCUCGCGUGACCAAUCCUGACGUCCAGAAAGCUGCUGCCGCUUUAAAGGGCUCCGACCACCGUCGCACCACAAAUGUCAGCGCCAGAUUGGAUGCCCAGCAGAAGAAACUGAACCUCCCAAUUCUCCCCACCACCACCAUUGGCUCCUUCCCCCAAACCAUUGAACUCCGAAGAGUUCGCCGUGAGUACAAGGCCAACAAGAUCUCUGAGGAAGCUUAUAUUCAUGCAAUCAAGGAGGAAAUCAACAAGGUUGUUAAGAUCCAGGAGGAGUUCGACAUCGAUGUCCUUGUCCAUGGUGAACCUGAGAGAAAUGAUAUGGUGGAGUAUUUCGGGGAGCAGCUCUCCGGUUUUGCUUUCACUGUUAAUGGUUGGGUCCAGUCUUAUGGCUCACGAUGCGUCAAGCCCCCGAUCAUAUAUGGGGAUGUGAGUCGCCCCAAGGCCAUGACUGUCUUCUGGUCCACCUUGGCCCAGAGCAUGACCUCCCGUCCGAUGAAGGGAAUGCUUACCGGCCCUGUUACAAUCCUUAACUGGUCCUUUGUCCGAAAUGACCAACCAAGGUUUGAAACAUGCUACCAGAUUGCCCUCGCCAUCAAGCAGGAAGUUGAAGAUCUUGAAGCUGCUGGCAUUAAUGUUAUCCAAAUAGAUGAAGCUGCUCUGAGGGAAGGGCUUCCUCUCCGCAAAUCUGAGGAGGCUUUCUACUUGGACUGGGCCGUUCAUUCCUUCAGGAUCACCAACUGUGGCGUCAAGGACACCACUCAGAUUCACACCCACAUGUGCUACUCCAACUUCAACGACAUCAUUCACUCGAUCAUCGACAUGGAUGCGGACGUGAUCACCAUUGAGAACUCUCGUUCCGACGAGAAGCUCCUCUCUGUGUUCCGUGAGGGGGUCAAAUACGGUGCCGGAAUCGGCCCGGGCGUCUAUGACAUCCACUCUCCUCGGAUUCCUUCGACCGAAGAAAUUGCCGACCGCAUCAGGAAGAUGCUUGCGGUGCUUGAGACUAACAUCCUUUGGGUCAACCCCGAUUGCGGCUUGAAGACCCGCAAGUACACCGAGGUCAACCCCGCGCUCACCAACUUGGUUGCUGCUGCCAAGCAGCUCCGCACCGAGCUCGCCAGCGCCAAGUGAGAAGUGUUGGGUUCACACUUUGACCAAUCUUUCCUCACUUAUAUAACUAUUAUGCUUUGCUUCGUCUCUUUGAAAUUGUCUGUAUUUGUUAUCAUGCUGCUUAGGCACUUUUAUUACAAUUGUACCUUUUUAAUUUCUUUUUUCUUUUUUGUUUUCAAUUACGAGUGAUGUUAAGUGAUUUUGGUUUUUGAUUGAUUAUGAAGGCAUAUAUGUAAUGUGGAAGCAUGAGAAAUAAUUUGCUCAUAUUGUUGCA